AUGGCACAGCAGACUGGCAGCAGCUCUUCAGGCGGUGCCGGUGCUGCCCUGCCGCGGAUCCUGCUCCUCAACCCCAACACCAACACGGGCAUGACCGAGUCCAUGGCCGCCGUCGCCAGGUCCACGCCCGUCUCGCCAUAUCUCGACAUCGUCCCCUACACCUGCGCUAGCGGCACCUGUCCCAGCAUCGACAACCAGCACGACAUAGACGCCAGCGCGCGCAGCAUCUGGCGGGACAUCAACGAGUCCCAGGCCAUCAACCCGCGCGACGACUUCGACGCCGUCCUCGUGGCGUGCUUCAGCGUGCACCCGCUCGUGCGGGAACUCGCCCCGGCGGACGUCGCCGACGACAGGCCCGCCGUGACCGGCAUCUUCGAGGCGGGCGUGCACGCCGCCGUCGCCCUGACACAGGCGGCCGGCGGUGCGCAAUGGGGCAUCAUCACCACGGGCGAGUUCUGGGAGAAGCACUUGACCGAGGGUGUCGUCGCGGCGGGCGCGGACGGGCGCUUUGCGGGGACGUUCUCGACGGGCCUCACGGCGGGGCAGAUGCAUAGUCUGUCGGCGGAGGAGGUUAGGGAGAGGCUCAGCGUUGCGGCGAGGAGGCUGCUGCAGAAGAGGGAUGUGCGGUGCAUAGUCAUGGGCUGUGGCGGGAUGGCUGGGCUGGAGGACACGAUUCGCGCGACGGCGCGCGAGGUGCAUGGCGAUGCGGUGGCCGACAAUCUUUACAUCAUAGACGGUGUCAAGGCGGGCAUCAUGUACCUGUACCAGGUCCUUGCCAGCAAGAAAAUGUAUAGCGCUCAUAAGUCAUAG